AUGCACAACUCUUAUUUCUCCUACAAUCUAAGUAGACCGUACCCAUACGUAUGGUUUACACCGGUCGUUAUCGUCGGAGGCUUGAUUGCAACUGCGCUCAUCGCCUUCCUUAGUGUGGCAACUCAAGGUUACGAGACGAUUUCCAUGCCAACAUCGAACCCCAAUACAACCAGCCAGAACCGAAAUCCCUUCUCCGACUGGCCAUCCUUUUUGACAGCGAACACCAAGUCCGUCUGUUCUGCCGCCACGAUCCCGAUUAAUACUGAGUUCUACACGAACAACACGGCUCUCAAGUACACUGUUACCAAGAUAUGGCAAGGCGAAGACCCUAGGUCUCCAGACGAAUUGCUAGGUUCGCUGCCCUACCUCAGCAACCCGCUUCAGAAUUGCUCAGUGAAUGGCAUAACUAUCGAAUUUGAAGGCAUCGAUCGCAGUGCCUCACAGAUUGCUGUUCAGCAAUGGGGCGCCAAGCUACGAGCAUCGGUAGCUUGUCGGGUCACUACGCCUACUGGCACGACAACGAUGAACAUGACUACAAACUACGACUACAACGGAGUGAGCAACGACGCUGGCUCAUCAUUUCCGGGUCGAAAUGCCACCAAGAAAGCCAGCUUGUGGUGGGGAGAGUCACUGCUGGCGUGGUAUUCCAUAGCUCUUACCAAUGACAUACACAUCGCCAACGAUAAGUUCUCAAAGGGUGAUAAUGUUCUCCCUAUCUACAAAGGACAAGCCUCAUUCAGCAAGAGAAAGACCGUUGUGCCGACUGUCGAUGACAUCAAGUCUCUCGAAUUUCUUAGCGUCAGCUGUUUCUUCGUACCGUGGAGUAACAACGGAGUUACCCCCAAUGUGUACUACUGCGACCAUGCGAAGAUGAAUAACACGAAUUUGAUCGAGAAGCUAUCCAACGCGGACGAUACCGAUACACAUAUGCCGUUGCCGGGUAUUUGGCUUUCGGCUAACAACCUAGCCAAGGCCUUUUAUUUUACCAUCUUGGCUGACCUUGGCCAGACCGAUUCGGGGCCAAACAUCCUCGAAAAUGCUGACUUGUUGGCUUUCUCGACAAAAGGAUACGAGGCGAUUCGUGACAGGAAGGAGAUCUGGGGUGAUAAUUUGAGAGUGAAUAGUACAACUGGCCUCGCUCAGCGUGCUUUCACAUCCAAAGACGUAUCAAAGGAUAAUCUUGGUAUAGAGACUUCCGUCAUCUCGACCACUUUUCUUUGUCAGAUACCUCGCCUCAAGAGUACACCCUCACUUGUUGUAUCAGUUAUUAUCAACAGUAUGGUUAUACUGUCAGGACUGUGGACGCUGUAUCGCUUUAGCAUCGAUGCUUUUGUAUCCAGCAGACACCCAGAACUUAUGUACUGCACUGGGUGUGCGGCGAGUAUACACAAGGAGGCUGAGAUUGAGACUGCGUAUGCUUCCGAACAAGGGACGGAGAUUAUGGAGUUGCGAGACAGAGUCAAGGAUAACUACACUUCCGUCAGACAAGAGGAGGAGCGUUGA